CCGUCUGUCACGUGGUACUAGAGGGGCUGUGACGCCCGCCGUGGCGGAGGGGCUCGGCUUGUCAGGACAACUUCUUGUGACAAGGAGUUUGGAUUGCCAUCAUCUCAUAUCAUGAAAUCACAUUUCAGGAGAGCUCACUGAAAGUGAAAGUAUAUUUCUGAAAGUGAAAAUCAGAGGAAAUAGCAGCUGAUGUAAGAAGUAUACUAAGGAUCGUUACUUGGGGAUAUUUUUUAAGAUGUGGUGAAGAGCCUCUGUUUUCAUCUGUACAGUUUAUAGUGCCUUAAAGAUGGGGUUUGGAAGUGACUUGAAGUAUUCGCAUGAUGCUUUAUUAAAACUGCAAGACUGGGAACUACGACUGCUCGAAACGGUCAAGAAAUUUAUGGUCAUGCGUGUAAAAAGUGAUAAAGAAUAUGCCUCCACUUUACAGAAUCUUUGUAAUCAGGUAGAUAAAGAAAGCACUUGUCAAUUGGAUUAUAUCAGCAAUGUAUCCAAGUCUUGGUUGCUCGUAGUACAACAAACAGAACAGCUGAGCAAAAUAAUGAAGACACAUGCAGAAGAUCUUAAUUCUGGGCCUUUACAUAGGCUUACAAUGAUGAUCAAGGACAAACAGCAAGUGAAGAAGAGUUACAUAGGGGUUCAUCAACAAAUUGAAGCAGAGAUGUACAAGGUCACAAAGACAGAACUUGAGAAACUAAAAUCUAGCUAUAGACAACUAAUAAAAGAAGUAAAUUCUGCCAAAGAAAAGUAUAAAGAAGCCGUGGCUAAAGGAAAGGAGACUGAGAAAGCCAAAGAUCGAUGUGAUAAAGCCACUAUGAAGCUUCAUAUGUUGCAUAAUCAGUAUGUAUUGGCACUGAAAGGAGCACAGUUGUAUCAGCACCAAUAUUAUGACACUACGCUUCCUUUGUUACUUGAUUCACUACAGAAAAUGCAAGAAGAAAUGAUUAAAGCCCUAAAAGGAAUCUUGGAUGAGUAUAGCCAGAUCACCAGUCUUGUUACAGAAGAGAUUGUGAAUGUCCACAAAGAGAUCCAGACUUCGGUUGAACAGAUAGACCCUAAUUCUGAGUAUAAUGACUUCAUAGAUACUCACAGAUCUUCAGAAGUUGUUGAACAAGAAAUAGAAUUUGAUACAUCCUUAUUAGAAGAAAAUGAAAACCUUCAAGCUAAUGAGAUCAUGUGGAAUAACCUAACAGCAGAAAGUUUACAAGUCAUGUUAAAAACAGUAAUAGAAGAACUCAUUCAAACACAGCAAACACUUUUGAGCAAAGAGGAACUUGUGUUGGAACUAGAGAAAAAAAUAGAAGACUCUUCUAAGACAUGUGAAAAGAAGUCAGAUAUUGUUCUUUUGCUGAGCCAAAAGCAAGCACUGGAAGAACUUAAGCAAACUGUUCAGCAAUUAAGAUGCUCUGAGGCAAAAUUUGCAGCACAGAAAGAACUACUGGAACAAAAAGUGCAAGAGAACGAUGGGAAAGAACCACCACCUGUAGUGAAUUAUGAAGAAGAUGCCAGAUCAGUCACUUCUAUGGACAAGAAGGACAAAGUCUCAAGAUUUGAUACUAUACGUCACUCUAUAGCUGGAAUUAUAAGAUCUCCAAAAUCCAUGUUGGGCUCAUCAUCAUUCUUUGAUGUAAUAUCAACCACAGAGAAACCAUUGGCAGAACAAGACUGGUAUCAUGGUGCAAUUCCAAGAAUAGAAGCCCAGGAGCUGUUAAAACAGCAAGGAGACUUCUUGGUGCGAGAGAGCCACGGGAAACCUGGUGAAUAUGUCCUUUCUGUGUUUUCAGAUGGACAACGGAGACACUUUAUCAUACAAUAUGCUGAUAAUCAAUAUCGUUUUGAAGGAACUGGAUUUCCAACUAUUCCUCAGCUCAUAGAACAUCAUUAUACAACAAAGCAAGUUAUUACAAAGAAAUCCGGUGUUGUUCUGCUGAAUCCUGUUGUGAAGGAUAAGAAAUGGGUUCUCAAUCAUGAGGAUGUCACUCUGGGAGAAUUACUGGGCAAAGGUAAUUUUGGUGAGGUAUAUAAGGGAACGUUAAAGGAUAAGACACCUGUUGCUGUAAAAACCUGUAAAGAAGAUCUUCCUCAGGAAUUGAAAAUCAAAUUUCUGUCAGAGGCCAGAAUACUCAAACAGUAUGACCAUCCUAAUAUUGUAAAACUCAUAGGAGUUUGCACACAAAGGCAACCUAUUUAUAUUGUUAUGGAACUUGUUCCAGGAGGCGAUUUCCUGUCCUUUUUAAGAAAAAAGAAGGAUGAGCUGAAGACCAAACAGUUAGUGAAAUUUUCAUUAGAUGCUGCUUCUGGUAUGGCGUACCUUGAAUCGAAAAAUUGUAUACACAGGGAUCUGGCUGCAAGGAACUGCUUGGUGGGUGAAAGCAACAUACUGAAAAUAAGUGAUUUUGGAAUGUCUCGUCAAGAGGAUGAUGGAGUAUAUUCAUCAUCGGGCUUAAAGCAGAUUCCUAUCAAAUGGACUGCCCCAGAAGCCCUCAACUACGGGAGAUACACAUCAGAGAGCGAUGUAUGGAGCUUUGGAAUCCUUCUGUGGGAGACAUUCAGUUUAGGAGUAUGCCCGUAUCCUGGAAUGACCAACCAGCAAGCACGAGAACAAGUUGAGAAAGGUUACCGAAUGUCAGCACCACAGAAGUGCCCAGAAGAAAUAUAUAAAAUAAUGCAGAGGUGCUGGGACUACCAUCCCGAGAACCGACCAAAAUUCAGUGAGAUUCAGAAAGAGCUAUCUUCAGUCAAAAAGAAAGUGACAUAGUAAUGUACUAGUGCCAAACUCAAUAUGUGGGACUUGAUUUUCCAUUGACGUAUUUUUUCCCCUUAAACACUAUGCGUUUAUACAACAUUAUUUGCAAUAUUCAUUUAGGAUUACUUUAAAAUUAACUGGUUUUUAUAUACAUGUGUACCAUCUUGAAUUAUGUCUACACCUGCAUUAAAGACAUAUACUGCCAAAUGCUAUAUAUCCAAUCACAGUAAUAUUGUCAUUUAGGUUACAUGUAAAUAGGAAAGCAGAUACUGUAGAUUUAAGGAACUGUGGCUUUUAUGUGUUUUACAGCAAGUAACUGCUAAUUUUUCAGAGUUUUUCUACUUAACACAGUCUUCUCACUCUGCUGUCCCUGUCUCAGUUGUCAACACCAGCAGCUCUCUAACAUGGUGACUGUGUCAUGCAUGUUGGCCUUAAGACUGAAGACAGUUUUGACAAGUAUUUCAGCUAGAAAUUUUUGUAUUUUUCAAAUUCUAUCUGCAACUUAUUUUUUUUUUUAUGGUAGCUUGUUUCAAGGGUAAAGGUCAAUUAGAUCCUGGAUGUAAGUUUGCUUACCAAACAACAAAAUCCAGAAAUUCUUCUGUAGAAAAUUGAGCUACGUGUUCAUUUCUUACCAUGCUAUAUUAAGUUCUUAUGACUUUUGAUAUUAUUUACCUAUGCCCUUUAGUCUACCCCUUUUUUUUCCUAUGAAGCCAUCAGAAUUCAGUAAUGUGUCUUCUUUAAUUACCUAUGUUUGUUUAAGAAACAAACAAAAUAACAGUCAUUGAGCACAUUCAUUAUUAAGAGAUACUGCAAAUCAUCUGUCUUCCAAAGAAUAGGUGAAAACAAUAGGCCAACAGAAAGAGGUUUGCUAAUGAUAGCAGCAUUGUAAUAGGUGACCAAUAGCAUUGAUCUUAGAGGAGUUAAACAAUGUGAAUUUCUAGAUUUGCUUUUGAUCUGAUGUUUUUCCCUUAAAUUGGCAAUAACCAUCAGUGUGCUGUUGGAGCUUUUAAAAGGUUACACAAAAAAAAAGCACAUUCCAUGCAUAGUGUUGAAGGGAAAACGCUAUGUUUACAUGGCAUGAGGAAUUAUCCAAGAAGCCCGAAUAAGAACGUUAUAUUUUAAGUCUGUGACAGGUAAAAUGAAGCAGAGUAGAAAUACUCACCUUCUAAAUUUUUAAAAUCAUUACAAUCAGGUUUUAAAAGAUGGGGGAUAGACAAAUUGUAAAUGUCACCAAAAAUAAAGGAAACUUGUUAAAAAAAAAAAAAAAAGGUAACAUUCCAUAGUAUAAGAUACAGUAGACAGGGAAGAGGAAAGGUACAGUGUGUUGCUCUGACUUUAUGUUCUCUUCAUAGUGGGGAUUAUUUUCUUUUGUUUCUACAUAGAAACAAAAACAAGUUACAGUACCCUGGUCCGAGCUCCAGAGUUAAGGUGCUUAAGAUUUCUUCAUGAAUCAAAUAAAAUUUUUCAGAUCAAGGAAUGUCUGUUGCUGUUAAUACAAGUAAACGGAGACUGAAAGUAACACAGCAUUAUUAGCCCUAUAUAGUGAAAUCUGUGGCUACACUGCAUUUUUAUUUCCCUUAAGGCGGCUUUUCUAUCAUCCACAGAAUUUAUGCUCUUUUAAAGCAUGUUUGUGGUAGUGCAGGGUGGUAAUGAUUAAGGGCUAUGUGUGACAAAAAAUAUGUGUAAUCUAAAAGAAUUUGUCUGAGGGCUGCUCCAAAAGUAAUGCAUCCUCUUUUAUUACGUUGGUCCAUGACAUCAGAGGCAGUUGAUUGUGGUAUGGCAGCAGAGGGGCAGCCUGACAAUAUGGCAUCUGACAUGGAAGUGUAGAUGAAGCAAAUGUGUGUCACUGAAUUCCUCCAUGUAGAAAAAAUGGCACCCACUGGCAUUCAUUGAUGCUUGCUGAGUGUUUGUAGAGCCUGAACAGUCAGGUGGUGGGUGGUGCAUUUCAGCAGCGGUGCCAGCAGUUUACCUCCACUGGUGCAGGUUUUUAUAAGCACAGCAUGCAGGCUCUUGUUCUUUGCUGGCAAAGAUGCAUAGCUCAUGGUGGUGCCGGUGUUCGGAAUUAAUGUAUUGUAGUCGAGAAUUUGCUCUAUCAAAUAGUGUUAUUGUGCUCUUUGUAUCUGUACUUUCCAUGGAAGUCAGGGGGAGGCAUUACUUCUGGAGCAUCCUACAUGCAUACCCAUUAAGGUGUAAUACUUGGCAAACUUGAUGGCCUGAAUUGAAAUUUCCUUAUCAGGAAAUUCCUUAUACUGGACAUAUUUUCCUUAUAAGGAAACUUCCUUAUACUGGACGUAUUUUCUUAGUACUGUAUUUCCGAGUAGCCCAAAGAUAUUUUUCAAGAGCAGUGGGAAGCAUUCUUGUUCAUUUGUGUGCUAUUAAAUAUUACACACAGUUUGUGCCUUAAUUUGCUAGUAUGUUAAUGCAAAUGCAAGUGCACUAAGAUUAAGAAAUGCACCACAACGAUAUGGAAAAAUCCCUGUCUCAAAUCUAUUAUUAAUCCAACUGCUGGUCAUUAGGUAUGCACCAAGAAAGUCUGCAAGUAAGGGUAAUGGUGUCUUCUCUAUCAGCAUUCAUUGCUUCUCUGGAGAGUUGAUCUUCUUCUUCUGUGAAAGAGAUGAAUUAUGUUUCUUUGCUAUAUGCCCUGGAUAGCAAAAAAAAACAAAAACAAAAAACAAAAAAACAAAAAAACAAAAACCAAAAAAAACAAAAAAAAACCUUCUUUUUCACGAAAUACUAUUUUAUUUGUUCAUCUUGAUUCUCAUAUAUAGAUAAGAAAUGCAUUCUUAUUUAUUCUGAAAUGAUUAACAUUUGUAAUUCAUAUCACAGUUCUGUUUAAAUGUAGUGUACUUCUUAAAAAAUGGGGAUAAUUCAGCAGCAAGAAGAUAUAUUGUUGCUGCUGAAGUCAGCAUAAGUUCAGCUAAAAAAUAAUCAUUCUUCAGGAGAAUACCAGCUUGAGUUUAAAAUAAAAUAAAUUAUAACACAUAUAAAAGGUAUAAAAUAAAUUUAAACACAUAGUCUCUUCAAUUAUUUAAUGCUUUUUUUUUUUUCUUUUUUUCUUUUUUUUUUUUUUACAAUUAAUUUUUCAGUGUUUGUGGCAGAAUUUGUUCAUCUUUUCUCAUUUGUAGUUAAUGCCAUUAUACUUUAGGAAGUGCAAUCCCUACCUAUGAAUACUUAAUCUCUAAGUUUCUAUGAAUUUCUUGCUGGAGGAGAGUUUACAAACAGAACUGCCCUAUGGUGAAAUGUAAGAGACAGACAUAGUAUUCAGGAGCCAAAGUCACCAUAUCUGCUUUCUAUGAACUUUUGAUGACUGAAGUCUUGCAUUAUGCAUAGGUUGUGCAAGUAUUGUGGCUGCAUAUAGCUUGUAGACUUGAUUUGCUAUGGAGAGUUCACAAAAAAUGUCAGUCUCUCUUAGACAUACAGUAUUUCAAGUAGGUUCUUAAAUCUGCACUCAGUCUCAGCCAGAUGGAGUCCAAAGGAGUUCUGAACUGUGUACACUGCUAAAUGGGAGGGACUCAGAAUACUGUUAAGGGCUGAGCCCAGAUGUUAUCUUCAGAAUUCAGCUGUCGGUGAAAUCAUGAGGAUUCCUCAGCAUUUCAAUUUCAUUGGAAGCAAAGUAUUGAAAAGCAUCAUGUCUGUAAACAAACUCCCUUCAGCAGAGGUGUAAUCUUUUAGAAGUAGCACUCCACCAAGACCUUAUCCUUCAAAUGUACAUUUUCAUCAGUUUCUAAUAAAAACAAUGAGGCAGUUU